AUGGUCUCCUACAGGGGGCAGGGCCCCGCCCCCACCCCGCCCCGGCCCGAGCCUCCUCAGGCCACUGCUGGGCCGCGGGCGGGACGCCCCGGGCGGCGCGCGGAGGAGGAAGCGCGCUGGCUGCGACCCGGGACCUGCCCAGACGCGCUAGUCGGGAUCGCCCAGCGCAGCGUCCCCAUUUUCCAGGCGUGCGGGGCCGGGGCGCAGUCCCGGGCAGCGGCCGUCGUGCGCCGGCCGGCAUUUCCCCUCCAGCUCGCCCCGCGCGGCCGCCCGGCCUCCGGGCCCUCGCCGCCAGCAGCCGACCCAGAUCCGCCGCGCCCCCCUCCACGCCCCCCGCGAGCCGGGCGGGCCGCGCGCUCAUGUCCUGAGCUCGCCGCCCGCGGGCUCUGCGCCCCCGGCCGGGGGGCUCCCCUGGCAAGUUGGGGCGAGGCGCGCCGGGUAUGCGCCAUCACCAUGUCCCGCCUGAGCUCGUGGCUCGGGGAGGUCCAGUGGCUGGUCUUGGUGUCGCUCUUCGUUGUGGCCCUGGGCACGGUGGGCCUGUACCUGGCACAGUGGGCGCUGGCCAGGGCGCGACCCCGGCCCCCGCGGCGGGCUGCCGAGCCUGGAGAGGGCCCGCGCCCCGAGUCCGACGCGCUGCUCGCCUGGAUCCUGACGCUGAACAGCUGGAGGAGCCAGUGGCAGGCCGCCUGGGUGACCGCCCUGAAUGAUGAGGCCAAACGGAAAGUGGGCCCGCUGCUCCUGUCCUUCGAGGAGGACCCGCUCCAGCAGCCUCUGGAGCUCGCAGUGCAGGGCGUCUCCAGCCUGGCCAGGUCCACCCAGGAGAAGGUCGUGUCUUGUCACGUGGUGGGCGAGGCCAUUCAGUUCCUGGUCCGUGCGGGGUCCCCCUCCCCCGAAGACACGGGGCACCAGCUGUACUGUGCACGGCUCUCCCCGUUUCAUCUGCAGCUGGAGCUCCACAUGAAAGAGAAGAGGGAGGACAUCCAGAUCCAGUGGUCCUACGUCAGCACUCCGGAGACGGCCGUUACGGUGCAGCCCAGAGCAGUGGUGGAGGAUCGGGGGACAGAGACCAAGGCCGUGUCUGAAACUCUCAAGGACAUCUUGAAGCACCUGGUUGGGGCUGCAUCUCCGUCGGUGGUUCUGAGCACCAAGCCUGUGGACGCAAGGGACGUUCAGAAUCUACAGCGCAUUUCGUCCUCUCCUCAGGAGUCCUGCCCGCCCAAGCCUCCAAGGGCUCACGAGCUCAGAUUACUGGUGAAGAACAUCCGGGCUUCGCUGCUAAGUGCUCCUGGGGCUUCAGGCAACGUUAACCCACAGUGUGUAGUUCGGCUGAACGAGCCCGUUCAGAAGUUCAGCGCCCUCGCGACAAACCCCGCCGACCUCAGCUGGGAAGAAGAAUUCAUCUUGGAGUUGAGCGCCAAGUCGAAGGAGUUGCACUUGCAGGUGUCGGUGGGUGAGCAAGCCUCGGCCUCGGAAGCCAUAUCGGCGAUGACAACCAUUCCUUUGGAUUUAUUCAAGAAGCAGCCAUCUGGGCCCCAGAGCUUCACGCUGACCGGCGGCUCCUGCGGCGGCUCGGUGCUGGGUUCGGUCACCGCAGAGUUUUCUUACCUAGAACCUGGUGAAGUGAAACCCAAGACCCCGCCACCUACUCCUGCCACAAAGGUCGAAAAAGACCGCACGGUGAUGCCCUGUGGGACCGUGGUCACCACCGUCACCGCCGUGAAAACCAAGCCUCGCUUUGACACGGGGAGAGCGUCCCCCCUGAGCUGCGAGUCUCCCCUGAAGACGCCUGUCAAGGUGAAGGUCAUUGAGAAGGACAUCUCUGUUCAAGCCAUCUCCUGCCAUGGGGCUCCUGUCAGUAAGACCUUCUCUUCUUCGGACACAGAGCUGCUGGUGCUGAACGGCUCGGACCCCGUGGCUGAAGUGGCCAUCCGCCAGCUCAGUGAGUCCUCGAAGCUGAAGGUCAAGUCCCCGCGGAAGAAGAGCACCAUCAUCAUAUCAGGGAUCUCCAAGACCUCACUCUCUCAGGACAAUGCCGCUGCCCUAAUGCUGGACUACUCGGCCUCCAUGGACAGCGCCCACCAGGAGGACACCCCGACCCUCGUGGGGGCGGCCGCUGCCUCCGCCCCACUGCAGGAAGAGGCCUCCGCCCCAGCCCCGCCGGCCCCAGAGCCCCAGGAGGGCGAGCUGGACUCCUGGGACUUGGACAAGGAGUCCCAGGCCUCGGCGUGGGGCAGCCAGGCCCCGCUGGACCUCGACGGGGACGAGCUGUCAGAGAGCUCCCUGAGUGUCUCAGAGCCGGGCACUGCCAAGAAGCAUAAAGGAGGGAUUUUAAGGAAAGGCGCAAAGCUGUUCUUCCGCCGGCGACAGCAACAGAAAGACCCCGGCAUGAGCCAGUCGCACAAUGACCUCGUGUUCCUGCAGCAGCCGGAGGGGGCCCGGAGGAAGGGGGCGACACUCUCCAGGAUCCUGAACAAGAAGCUGCUCUCCAGACACAGAAGCAAGAGUGCCAUGAACGGGGCUCCGGCGGACCCCGCGGCCGGCCCCCUGCCUCACCAGGACGCAGGGAGACGCGGGCCCCCCUAACCACCCGCCAGGACGGAGCGAGAGGGCCCGCACACUGUCAGAUGGCCGCCUGGCCUGGCUGGGGGAAAGGGGAACGGAAUCCUGAGUUCCCGGCCGGGAGGCUUCCCCCAGAGACACCUGACAAAGUCCGAUUUGCCACCAGAUGCCCAGGGAGACCCAAAGCUCUGCUCCCACCCAAGAGCAGAAGUUAAACGCGAGAAGAUUUAUGUUAGGAACUAAAGAACGUCCUGUGAUGGACGGAGAUGGGGCAGGUGCGGGGCACUCGGUCUUAACCCUGCUGCUGCGCUCAGACACAUAGUACCUUGGGUCCACGCCCAGACCAUGUCCCAAAGAGGAGGUGUCCCCCUGUGCUGUCCCUGGGAAUGGAAUGGAUGAGUCACCUGUCCUCGCGGGUGGCUCAGCAUCACGGUGCAGCCGGCCCUGAGUACGGAGAGGUGGGACAGAGGCAGCAUUUGGGGUCCGCAGGGAAAUUACGGUGGUAAUGAGAACACUAUGACAAAGGAAGAGGACAGUUGCCUUUCGUAUUAGCCAUAGAACUUGAAACCAUAUGCAAACACUAAAUUCUGCGCACCUUAUGCCGAGUGCUCCUGGUGUUUACUCUGAGCCCGUUUGCACGCGGGGAGCUAGCAAUCCCUGUGUGGUUUUACGUGUCCCUCUCUUGUGUCGAAAGUGCUGGGGGGAGGGGGCUCUCCAGGGAGGCUGGGAGCCGUCAGUGGUAGCCAGCGCCACGGCGACCACACGUGCACACACACGCGCGCACACGGUUUCUCUUCCCUCCACGGCCAGUUUCCCAAACGCCGCCAACGGCGGAAGCCGAGUGCUUCUAGGACCAGAGAGGAAGCUGUCGUAUGUCUCAGGAGUCUUCAGGGUAGAAGUUUCGUAACAAACGGGCCAAACGUCGCAUCCCAGUCCUCUCGGGAGCUCUCCAGAAUUCUGCCGUGAACGGUGCGCCGCCCGUCUUGGUCCUUGUUUUGGUUUCCCGUGGGGGAGAGAAAAGAUAAAGGCGGCCCACCACGUGCAUAUCUCUGUGUACCCCUCAAGCCAUGGUCCUCGUCUGUCCGCCCGUCUGUGUGUCUGCGCCGCUGGCCCAUCCGUCCAAAGGGGCCACUUUCAGGGGACGAGCUUGUCAGGGCUGUGGUCGUUCCUGAGAAACAUCUGAUGGUUUAACACGAUUCGCUUUCUUCCUGCGAGAUUUCAAAGGCUUUCGUGAAGGCUGACCUCUGUCCCGCAUAGGAAACUGGGGGGGCUCCUCCCCACACGCGCUUUUGUUGAUCCUUAAACCCAUCUUUCAGGGGUAACAGAGCCACUACCGAUCAAAACCUUCCCGAAAACCCAGAUUACGGAACUUUCUUCCUUUUCCUUGAGAGCGAGAUUAUAAAACCACAUGAAGGCCAUUACUUGGAAAUGCACACUCAGAAAGCCUCCGGUGUCCCGGGAGUCACCAGGUGACUGUAAAAUGAGUUUUUAUAGGGGACAUUCUGUUUUUUGUCGGCAUGAAGUGGCAUGGGGAACGCCAACAUGUCGUCAUACCAAGUCAGUCCUCGCAGGCUGGUCACUACUUGUCUUCCUGGAACACGUCCGGUCACUGGUCUUACUGGAAGGACUGCCGCCUUUCCUCCCACGGUAGGACGCCCUGGGGAUAGUCAAGAAUUCUCGGAGGACGUUACACGUCAGACUUUCAGGCACAGGUCAGAAGGUCUUAGCACAGUUUUUUGUUUGACUUUGAAGUUCAGAUCAGCUCAAUUUAGUCAAUGUGACGGUAUCGGAGUUUUACGCCGGCACUUUCUUGUGCUCAAAAAAAACCCGUCUCAGGCAUUCCCAUUUCUGACUGACCCCAGGAGCAUUUGUUCACUGUUUCAUCCUUUUGCCAAAGGCUCUUGUUUUCUCCACUUCCCGGUGACUCGAGGCCUCUUCUGGGUCCCGGGUGAGCGACGGGUGGGCUGCGUCUGUUCCGCAUUCGACGCAGGACCGUAGCGUGAGAGGUGGAGAGUGGUAAGGAGAUGCGUGUUUCUGUGUGUGUGUCGGGCACCUGUCAGGGGCCCCGUACCUCUAAGCAAGAUCAGGAGCUCCUCCUCGAGACGUGCACACGUUUUCUCCGUCUGAGGGCCUUUCCUGAGCUCGCAGGACACUCGCGAGAGCACGGAGGGCGCGGGAACAGAGCCGCGUGAGAAAGCGGGCCGCGUUGAUACUGUGAAUGCUGCUUUCCGGGCCGUUUGGCCGGCCUGUGCUUUUGCGGGGUCGGCAUUUACGUGGAAGGAAAUGGGAAGGUUCCGCGCCAAUUAAGGUUAUACACCAAAUGCUAACCGUACCGACCCGUAAGCCCCUCAUUCCCUUGCCUUUCCUUAUGCUUUACUGGCGCGGGGGCUCCUGAUUCCGUGUUUCGCUCACGAUAUUUUUGCAGACUCGUGUUUCGGAGCGAUUUCGCACGCGUGAACGGGAACGUGUCUGUGUCUGGAAGCGGGUGUCCCGUUGCUCGUGAGCUGGGGCAGUGCCCUGCGCUCAGGGACGUCCCCGUGUUUGCAGAGGAACGCGUGGGAGCCUGCAGUGUGUGUGUCUGUGUGUGCACGCGUGUGUUCACAGGGCGGCAGUAACAAAAGCGCCGAUCUCACUGUCCGGACGGAAACCGCUGUGAAGACGACGGUGUAGACAGAGCACUUUAUGUAAAUCCACUCCCAAGUUUAAGUUUAAAAGCAGCCCUUGAUGCCUCCUGAGAGCUCCGGGGCCGGUCGCCGGCCACCAGCCACAAGUGAGGUGCCCAUCGCGGCGUCUGAUUGGUUCUUCCGGCUGCCUCUACGGAAGACGGUUGCGAGUUUUCUUCUUGAGCAGAAAGGGACUCGUUCACGCCCGUGGCUGCCAGCAGCCACUGGGGUUUUCCUGGCAAGAGCCUCACAGUCCUGACACCUCAGGGCACAAGCUGGGGGACCCCGGAGGACAGAACGUGGAUGUCCGCUGGGUGGAAACCAGUCUUGCGCUGGCGUAGACCCCAACGCCGGGCCCUCCCACCCCGGCCCCACGCCUGCUCGGGCCCUAUCACCAAAGCACGUGGUAUGGACACGCAGGUGCUGCUACGUUCUGCAAAGCAAACUCAGGUCCCCUCCCGGCCCCCAUCCUCGCAUUCCUGUCCCACGUGACAGGAGGCAUCCGGCGUACGUCAACCCGCCUAGUUCGCCCAGCUUCCAAGUGCUCAGAAACAUUUACAAGUCAGCCUUGUAGGACCCCCUCCCCCAAGGUCACAUCAGAGCUGCAUUUUUUAAAAAGAAAACGAAAGGUCUUCCAGGUGUGUGGCAAGGUCUGUCUUGACGCUCAGUGUGGUGACGAACGUGCUGGACAGUGACCGUAUUCCUCGGUAGCUCUGUCAACACAAGUCCCCGUCCCGCACCAAACUGUGGGAGACGUUCUGGGAUGUAAACAGUCUUUGAAAGAAAUAAACGUGCACUUGGGACACGAAA